UUCCCUCCUGAAGGGUUUUGAAGUGGGAGCAGCACCUUCGGACUCCUGCCAGAAGCAAACUCUGUCUGACAUGAGCGUUGCCCCUGUCCACAUGGCCAGGGUGGCGAGCCUCAGCCUUGGCUCUCUGCUUCUGCUUUCUCUCCUGCUGGACCGAGGUGUGCUAGCCAAGGAGUUGAAGUUUGUGACAUUGGUAUUUCGGCAUGGAGACCGAAGUCCCAUUGAGACAUUUCCUAAUGACCCCAUUAAGGAAUCCUCCUGGCCCCAAGGAUUUGGCCAGCUCACUCAGAGAGGCAUGGAACAGCAUUAUGAACUUGGACAAUAUUUAAAGAAAAGAUAUGAUAAAUUCUUGAAUAAGUCCUAUAAACAUGAUCAGGUUUAUGUUCGAAGCACGGAUGUUGACCGGACUUUGAUGAGUGCUAUGACAAACCUAGCAGCCCUGUUUCCCCCAGAGGGCACCAGCAUCUGGAACCCCAGCCUACCCUGGCAGCCCAUCCCAGUCCACACUGUUGCUAUCUCUGAAGAUCGGUUGCUCCACCUGCCUUCCAGGAACUGCCCUCGUUUUCAAGAACUUGAACGUGAGACUUUGAAAUCUGAGGAAUUCCAGAAGAGGCUUCAUCCUUACAAGGAUUUUAUAGCAACCUUGCCAGAACUUUCAGGAUUCCAUGGCCAGGACCUUUUUGGAAUUUGGAGUAAAGUCUACGACCCUUUAUAUUGUGAGGCUGUCCACAAUUUCACUUUACCCUCCUGGGCCACUAAGGACGCCAUGGCUAAGUUGAAAGAAUUAUCAGAAUUAUCCAUUCUGUCCCUUUUUGGAAUUCAUAAGCAGAAAGAGAAAAGUAGACUCCAGGGAGGUGUCCUGGUCGGUGAAAUUCUGAAUCACCUGAAGAGCGCAACUCAAUCCCAAAACUACAAAAAAUUUGUCAUGUAUUCUGCGCAUGACACUACUGUAAGUGGCCUACAGAUGGCGCUAGAUGUUUUCAACGGAAUCCUUCCUCCUUAUGCUUCUUGCCACUUAGUGGAAUUGUACCUUGACAAAGGGCAGUACUUCGUGGAGAUGUACUAUCGGAACGAGACCCAGCAUGAGGCUUACGCCCUAACACUGCCAGGCUGCACCCCCAGCUGUCCUCUGGAGAAGUUUGCUGAGCUGGUUUCCCCUGUGAUCCCCCAAGACUGGUCCACGGAGUGUAUGACCACAAACAACCGCCAAGUUCUAAGGGUCAUCCUUGCCAUUGCCUUUUGCCUGGUGUCUGGCAUCCUAGUGGUACUACUCUUCACGCUCAUCCGCCACGGGCCCUGUUGGCAGAGAGACGCCUAUCGGAACAUCUGAACAGACUGAGGAACAAGAGGAGACAAGCAGAUCCCAGUUCCUGGGAUACAGCCCUGACAGCAUUCCAAGGAUAGGCAUUUGUCGUGUGGGCAUUGUGCGCCCACACCCUUCCUUUUGAACCUGCCCAGAUCAUGGUCUGAACUCACAGCCACCCAGGGACAGCUGCUUGACUGACAGGUUACUUAGGACUUAGCUCUGAGCAGCAGUGCAGGCUGCUCAUGUAGCUAAAAAGAGCCUCUUCUGUAGGGGACAGCUGUAUUCUCUGACACAGAUGUCCAGAGGAAAAGCAAGGAGUCAAAUUCCAAUCAGCCUUCCAUCUGCCAAGAGCAAAGUGAGACAAAGACAUAGAUUAGACAAGACUUGAUAAUGGGAGUGUUAGACUAGUCAUAGUAUUAUACAAGAUGAUUCCUAAGAAAAAAACACAGUAAGAAUUAUAAACAUUUUCUUUAUCAAGGUGGGCUACGCGCGCGCACACACACACACACACACACACACACACACACACAUAGACACACCCCACUAAGAAGCAAUUCCUAUACAGUGUUUUAUGGCUAACAGACUUCUGCAUGUUUGUCUAACAUACAUGCAAAUGUAUAUUUAUAUUUUAAAUGUCUUUGGAAGAGUUAUUUCUCAGAAACUAUAAUAUCAAAGUAACGUGAAAAUCCAUGUGGCCAUGCUUUUAUUUGUUUGUUUUAGACAUUAAACCCAGGGCUGCACACAUUCCAGGUAAGUGCUUUACCAUUGAGCUACAGCCCCAGUCCCCAGUAUUCUUUUUUUAACCUCCAUAUCAGAGCUGGAUAUUUUACAGUUUUGAAUUUCUUUCUCUUUUUUUUGUCAUUUCUUUAUUUCACUUUAAAAUUGUGAGAUCUUACAUGGAUAAGAGUUAUUAAUGACAAUGAUGAAAUGAUAAUAUGUUUUAAUUGCCACAAUAUAUAUAAUUUUUUUCAGUGCUGGGGAUUGAAUCCAGGGUCUCACACAUGCUAGACACACACUCUACCUCUAAGCUACAUCCCCGGUCCUAUCUGAAUUUUACAGGUGGUAAGGUAGAAAGAAAAGUGGUCUGAGGGUUAACAAACAACUGCCUCAACUCUGCACUAGCUUUGGGUCAACAACCAGGAACAAGUUCUUUCAUACCUUAAGCCUUAGUUUCUUGAUCUACAAAGGAAAAAUCAGGAGCAAAUGAAGAUAGAAGUGGCAUCUUGUUCUUGUGUUCUGUGAGCAAUUUCUUUUUCAUUUUACACUAUUGAUGGGUCGUUGCCAAAACAAGCACUUCCAUGGAUAGUAUCACUGUUAAGUUACUAUGAUGAAAUUUAAAAUUUAGCAGGGUAGCAAAAUUUACUCUGAACAAUUUUAUUCUGCUCUGAAUACCCAACCAUACAGUUGAUGGGAAAACCAGGCUCAUUCCUUAGUAGGGUUCUCCACCUCUUCAGGUUUGGCUAAAGAUCCCAGAGAGUAAUGGGAGAAGUCAAAAGGGUCCACUACAACUCUAUCCACACUGGUCUCCAGUAAGUUCACUGUCCACAUGGACAGUGGUCUUCUGAGGGCAGUUGGAGGACAUUUUUAUCAUGGCUCCCAUCACUACACCCUUGGAGUUUACAUCCUGGGACUGCCUAGACCAACUGCUCUACUGCUGAGCCACAGUCUGAGCCCCAGGAGCUAUUUUUCUCUUACCUGACAACUUCUGAUUCCUGCUGCAACACAAAGGCCACCCAGAAAAGGAAAAAAGAAAAUAAAUUCUGGCUUCAUCUUUGCUUGGGAAAGAGAAAAACAUCUGUAUCAACAGGAACAAAGAACUUGCUGUCUUAUUAGAGCAGCCAGCUCUGUCAGUAAGAAGUCAUAAUACCUUCUGCUAAUAAGUAAUGAGACUGUAAAAACAGAAAUAAAAACACAAGUCAUAGAUUUUUCUCAAUCAUUUAGCAAACAUUGAUGGAGGACCUCAUAUUCACGAACCUAGAUAAAUUGUCUAUUCAGAUUGGAUUACUAGGAUAUCUGGCUCCAAUGACCAUCUCAUUUAGAACUGGUGGAACAUAAAAGCUUUUACAACCUUUUCCACAUAUCAUCUUAUAAUACUUUCCAUGGCUAAAAUUAAAAUUUCCAUGGCUUUUACUUUCCAUUGGUUCUAAGGGAUUUUUCCACAUCUUCCAUUUCUUUUCCUCUACCAUCUCUUUAGAUUACUGUAAAGAAACCUCUCAGGCUCAACUUAGUUGUUUCCCCUACUCUUUUCAUAAAUACUGUAUUUGUUUUCCAUACUUCAUGUCAGAAUGAAAAAUCAUAAGUGACAGAUGACCUAUAGCAAUAAAGAACCCUAAUGUACCGAAAAGUUUCUCAAGAAACUUCAAGAGAGGUUGUAACUCUUUCAACUGAUAAAAGUUACUCUUUCAUACAGAUCAGAUAAGAUCAGUAAAAUUUAAAAAAUGAAAUAAAUUCUAGCAAUUAAACUUAUUUAACUCAAGUAUCUCUAAAAUAGCAUUUCAACAUGUAAUUGAUACUUAAAAAAUUUUAAAGGGAUAUUUAAUGUUGUUGUUGUUGUUGUUGUUUUCUGGUACUGGGGAUUUGAACUCAAGGAUGCUUUGCCUCUGAACUAUAUUCCCAGCCCUUUUAAUCUUAUUUUGAGACAGGGUCUCAGUAAAUUGCUCAGGCUGGGCUCAAACUUGUGAUCCACCUGCUUCAACCUCUCAAGUCACUCAAUAUUACAGGCAUGUACCACCAUUAUACUAAGUAUUUAAAGUCUGAUGUGCAUUUCACCCUUGGAUCACAUCUCAAUUUGGACUAGGCUCAUUUCAAGCCUCAAGACACAUGUGGCUAGUGGCUACUAUAUUGAAUAGUUCUGCUUAAGACAAUUAAAUGAUGAAAUUUUUAAAGAAGAUAAACUGUAAUCUCUGUUUAUUUUGUAAAAUCCACCUUUAGAUUAUUGUGAAAAAAAUAAAAAUCAUCUUUAUUA